AUGGUCGGUCCCACAGCUUCUCUCUCCACCUUGAGCCGCGCCGACGGCUCGGCAUCCUAUAAAUGCCCGGCAACCGGCUACGACGUGCUGGGCUCCGUCAAUGCGCCCAUUGAGCUCCCAGCCCGCCGCGACGCCCUGAAGCCUGAGGAUGCGACCGUGGAAGUUUUCGUUAAGCCUGGAAAUACCACCGCUGGGGUCGGCGAACGAUAUGUUGAGGGCAUUUUGCGUAGUGUGUUGAGUGAGGUUGUCCUGGGCCGUGAAAGAGGAUAUCCUCGUCGGGGCGUGGUCAUCACGCUCGCCAUCGUUGGAGGUGGCAGUGUGCAACGAGGUGACUCUUAUCUCACGGUCCUCCCCGCUCUCUUGCACACCUCUCUGCUCGCCCUUCUCUCUGCCGCUGUGCCCCUCUCCAUGACAUUCUCUGCGGCCCUACUCGGAGUGACCAAAUCUGGUGACAUCUUGCGCGACCCCUCGGCAGCUGAUGCGAAAGCCGCCUCCUCUCGCCACGUUUUGGCCUUCUCCUCCAAGGGCCACCUUCUGUUGAAUGAGAGCGAAGGACGCUUCGACUUUGACACGUGGGAGUUAGUCCGAGAGCGUGCAGUCUCAAUUUGCCGUGGAGCAGCAGUUUCCGGGACAGACGGGGAUGUUGCAAUGGGCGAGGGCUCAGACAAUGCCCGCCUAGAUGGAUUCGUGCGUGAGACUGUGGAAGACCGCCUCCACGUUGACUACGCCUGGAAGAUUGACUCCAACUGA